AGGUCCAGCGCCCUACCGACCAGGCUAUCCCGGCCUAUAAUUAAUUUUGACUAAGAAAGCAAAAAAUGUUGUUGUUAUCAACCACCAACGUUACCAACUUUACCAGUCGUUACCAACGCAGGAAAUAAAUUUUAUUUUAUAAACUGUAGAUCACGAUUUCUAAGCUAGAAAAACUAAAUACGUGAGUGUAUUGCAUGAUCUGAAAUUUUUAUCUCAAUUGAAUAUUUACUUUUAUCAUUGUAUCGUUCGUAGAGGUACUAAAGAAUUACAGAGAUUACGUAUCUAAUUUUACAAAAUAACAUAUAACAUCACGAAAUAAAUAUAUAUAUAAAUGGGUCGCCUCUUUGACAAAAAAGCAUUAGCUACAGUGAGAAGGUUCAACUAGAUACCAUACAAAAUGAAAUAUCUUAUUUUUAUUCUCAUAUCAAGUUUAUCAUUUGUUUGGAAAACCGAAGCAGAGAUCGAGUGUAGAGCCAAUAGAGAUUGUGCAGCGGAUGAAUGCUGUAUGUAUAUCCCUGGAAAUAGAUUUCGCUUGCCCUCGAUAUGCCAAAAACGUGGAAGCGAAGGUCAAAUGUGCGAAACUAAUAAGGGUAAAGAUGCCGAUUUUUCUAUAUAUAACUAUUGUCCUUGCUCUAAUGGAUUAAGAUGUAAAAAAUCCAAUGACAAAGUAAAAAAACUUUUUACUGAACAGGUAUGGAAAGUGCGAGUAGCCAGGGAAAAAGAAACACCUGCCUUAGCAAAUUUUAAAUUCAAAAAAAAAAAAGAAAAAAAAAUGAAGCACUAAAGCACUUUGUAAUUCAAGCUUUUGUAAUCACACAAAAAGAAUGUAUUGUAUAACCUUUUAUAUUGGAAGUUUGUCAAAACAAUCUGACAAGAAGAUUGGAAUUAUUUGUCAAAUUAUCGACCACAAUAAAUAUUCUUGAUCAAUUAA